AUGUACAAAGUCAUCAUUAACCUAGUACACGUCUCCGUGUUCCCAAGACCGAAGAACAUGAAUGCAUCUCCAGUGUGGGUGUCGUUUGAAGACGUGGCUGUGGACUUCACUCCGGAGGAGUGGAAAGGCCUUGACCGUACCCAGAGAGCUCUGUACAAGGAUGUCAUGCUGGAGAUCUACAACAGCCUCUUGUUUGUGGGAUACUGCAUUAGCAAACCCGAGGUGAUCGUCAAGUUGGAGCAAGGAACGGAGCCGUGGAUGGUGGAGAAACCCCCAAGCCAGAGCCGUGCAGGUCAGUCUGCAUGCGAGGUGGUGUCCUUUGAAGACCUGGCUGUGCACUUCACCCGGGCCGAGUGGCAGGGCCUGGACAGUGCUCAGAGGAAGCUCUACCAGGAUGUGAUUCUGGAGACCUACGGCUGCCUCGAGUCCUUGGGUUGGAGCAAGGAGCUGAGCCAUGGCUGGAAGAAGGAGCCCUCGGUCCUGGUAUCAUUUGAAGACGUGGCUGUGGACUUCAGCUGGGAAGAGUGGCAGCACCUGAGCAGUGCUCAGAGAAUUCUCUACAGGGAUGUGAUGCUGGAAAUCUACAACAACCUGCUGUUCUUGGGGGAGAAGCCUUUUGAAUGUAAAGAGUGUGGAAAAACAUUUGGCCAGAAGUCAUAUCUCAUUAGACACCAGAGAAUUCACACAGGGGAGAGGCCUUACAAAUGUACCACGUGUGGGAAAAGCUUCCCUCAGCGGUCAAAUCUUGCAAUACACCUGAAAAUUCACACGGGGGAGAAGCCGUACAAAUGUAACGAGUGUGGAAAAGCCUUUUGCCGCAAGUCACAUCUCCUAACGCAUGAGAAAAUUCAUACAGGCGAGAGACCUUACGAAUGUGUCAAGUGUGGAAAAACCUUUGGCCGGAAGUCCUCCUUCAUGAUGCAUCAGAGAAUUCACACAGGGGAGAAACCUCAUGAAUGCCCCGAGUGCGGGAAGGCUUUCCUGUGCACGUCUGACCUCAUCAAACACAAAAGGGUUCACACGGGGGAGAGACCGUACCAGUGCGAUGAGUGUGGGAAGGCAUUUAGUCAGAAAUCGAUCCUCAUAACGCACCAGAAGACUCACACUGGGGAGAAGCCCUAUGAAUGUCACGAGUGCGGAAGAGGCUUUCGACGGAAUUCGGAUUUCCUGAUCCAUCAGAGAAUUCACACGGGGGAGGGCAAGCCCUACGAAUGUAACCAAUGUGGGAAAGCUUUUACCUGCAAGUCCUACUGCCGCGCACACAAGAGAAUUCACACAGGGGAGAAGCCUUACGAGUGCCACGAGUGUGGGAAGUUUUUCAGACAGAGAUCGGUUCUCGCUACACAUCUGAAAAUCCAUGCAGGAGAUAAGCCUUACGAAUGCAGCGAAUGUGGAAAAACCUUUGUUGACAAGAACCAUCUCCUAAGACAUCACCGAACGCACGAACGGCAGAAGCAUGAAUGUAAGCAAUGUGGAAAAUCCUUUUCUUACAAGGGACCCUUUAUCAUGCAUCAGAGAAUUCAUGCAGGGAGAAAACCUUACGAAUGUCAAAAGUGUGGAAAAUGUUUUUACUACAAGUCAAACCUGAUGACACACCAGAGAGUUCACAGAAAAGGGAAUUGA